AUGAGCUGUUCAGUGCAUUCAGAAAAAAAUAUUCAACAGCAGUCAAAUGAAACAGAAGUUCCUGCUGUUUUACCUGAAAAGGAAAAUGAAAAAGAGGGCAAAACUUCAACUUCCGAUGAAAUAUUUUUAAAAGGAGCUGCUUUACUUAAGUCUUUACUCUCAACGCCCACAGUGACUCUUCCGGUUAAUGAAAAAAUGAUUACAACGACAGAAGUCAAUGAUGAAACUUUGAGUUUGAAGAAAAUUCUUUAUCAACUAGAUAAAGAUGCGAAAGAUAAUCAUCAGACAGAAAUUGGCAUUGCCAAUGAACAGAUGACAGCUUCUCAAAAUGAAACGCAAAACGAUGACGAUGAUAGUCGUCUAAUUAUCGAUAUCUCAGAUGAAGAAAAAGGAAGCGGAACUGAAACGAAAACUAAAGGAAAAUCAAUGCCUUCACUUAAAACUUCUAAUACGACUGAGAAAAAAUAUAAAAAAAAGUUUCUUAGGCCAGUUCCGCUUGAACCGUUUGUACCAAUCAAACCUUUACCAAAGCAUUUAACUAAAACUCAUCAGAAUCCGAAUGUUUUACCAACUUCAAUCACUUAUAAUUUGGAACCAGACGCUCGAUCUAACACUGAAAGUAGAGUGAAAAUCGACAUUCUUGCACCAUCAAAUAAUCAAACGGAAGUGCCAUCAUCAACUGAGCGAUAUUCUAAAUCUACCAACUAUCAAUCACCAUCAAAGUGUUCAAAAAUGUCAAGCAUGGAUGAGCUGCAACUGAUUAGUCGAGAAAUUGAUAAGCAAAUGAAUAAGAAAACUAUUGAAGUUUUGGAAAUAAUCAAAGAUUGUCUUAGUGGUUUACUGGAGAAAAAUACUUUUUUAACUAAUUUGAGAGACGCUAGCGAUACAUCACUAUCGGACCUUGUUUCAAUUGCCAGGAAACUAAUUAAACGUCACAAAUUUGAGGCGAAUCCAAAUAAUAAAGAAUUUAUGAGAAUUAAAUUCCUUCAUUUCCCAACAACCUCAAGUGAUUUUGUAAGCUAUUUCGAUAACCUUUUGCCAUCUUUAACCAAAGAGAAAUUUAUUAACAUGAUUAAGUUUUAUGAGAUCAUCAUUAAGGAGAUGUUGAAUUUGAAUAAAACUAAAAUUUUGCAAUAUCUCAUCGACUUCAUGGUCAUACGAAAAAAUUCUCAACUUGAUUUGCUAAACUACAAUUUUCAAAUAUCAUCCGCACCUAAUCUAAAACAGCCAAAUUCAUCACUAUCGAAAUUUCAAUUACCCGAUUCAACACAACAUCCAAGUGAAAGACGACCGAUAAGAUUAGCUGACACGAGUUAUAAUUUCAUCAUUCGUUCAGAUCCGAUUUAUCUUUUGGCUGGAUCAACAUUUGCGACAAAUCAUCGUGACGUCAUUUCAUGUCAAAUGAGUUCGCACAUACAAAUGAGAAGUUAUGAACGAAGACCUUUUGAUAAUAAUGUGUUGAAAGGAAGAAGAAUCGGUCGUCGUUUGAUGAGAUCACCAAGUGAUGAUAAAAUAUCUAAAGAAUUCAUGCGAGUGAGUUUUCCGAUGACACCACAAAGUGAACCAGGAACACCAUUGCAACAAAUACAAAAAAUGCGACCACCAACACCGAUUAUUGUGGAAUCUGAAACUCCACCGCCAUCACUGCCUUCUGAACCACCUUCACCCCCGCAACACAGAAUUUUAAAGCCCCAAAUUCUUUCAAAUACUCUGAUCACACCAGCAAACAUUGAAGUCGAAAAUACUUCGACUAAUGGAGUGAAAGAUGUACCAACAACAGUGCCUGAAGAAGUUCAAGAUAUUUCAAAAAUAAUUCCCCAGACAUCCAAUUCCCCUGCAAAAACUUUGGAGUUGAGAUUAGAACCUGAUCUAACCAAUUCACUUCAAAAUGGUCAAAUAACAAUUCAGGAAAUUCAAACAUUAAAUCAAAAUGGAACUGAAAUUAUUCCAACUUCUAUCUUGAAAGGUACAGUUCAAAGGAAACCAAAUGAAGAGAAAUCUGGUGAAGAUGGAGUAAAAGAGUCAACAUCAAGUGUUGAAAUAAAGAAGUUUAUGCCCCGUGGAGUUAGUCAUGAUGAACAAUCAAAUGCACCAAAACUUCAGAAACGUCGUCAAAGUUGUCAUGAAAGAAUUAUGAUGAAUGAAACUGAUGAAGCUGCAACAAUUGCUCAGAACCGACCAAGAAUGCCACAAUAUCAAGUUGCACAAAGGUCACCGAUGAGAUCACCUUUGAAACCAACUCAUCAACCAUUAAAUUAUCAAUAUUAUCAAAAUCAAUUUGAACGUCAAUUGCGUAAGCAUGGCUUUGAUCAUCGCAUUGAAAAUCAUCAAGAAUCAAGUCGACCUUUGGAACUUGUCUCUCACAUUCCACCAGAACGUUAUCAUCAACAAGAACCACAUCGCCAGCCUGAUCGACAACAUUAUGUGAAUCAUCUUCAGCCUAAGCCUAUUCGACACACAGUGGAAGAGAAACAACCACAUCAACCACAACCUCAACGAAUGCAACCACAAAGAAUCAAUCCUGAUCAACAUCAUGCAAUGAUGGCGGCUGCUUAUCAUCAACUUCAAACACUUCAUCGUGAUCCAACAACAUUGACGUCACAACAAUAUGCUGAACACUUGAAACAAUUGGAUAAUUUGAAACAUAUUCAGCCAUCAGCUUUUCAAACUUAUCAAAGAAGUUUGGAGCAAAGACCUCAGCCAGAUUAUUUCAAUACUCAAGAUAAUCAUCAGCCACCACCACAUACGUCACCAAUUCAAUAUCAAAUUUCUUCGUCAUCUUCACGUGAAGAUUCACCGGUUAGUUAUGAUGCGAUUCAUAAAGAACAGUCAUUACAACGCAAACUUAAAUAUAAAGGAAAGUCAGCGAAAUAUGUGGAACCGAGUUUGAUGGCAAAACCAUUUUAUAAUCCAGCUCAUUCAACAUAUUAUUCAGAGCCUUAUGCUUUAACAAAAGGAAAAGUGGGAACACCAACAUCACCUCCAGCAAAUUCGAUAGCAUUUCAUCAGAAUGAACAGCAAAGAUCACGCAGUCCAGUUGAAAGAAAUUUCUUAGACGCUGCAGCAGCUAAUUCACAACAUUUUCAUUGGAUGAUGGCACAAAAUCAAGCACAUGGUCAAAGUCAACUGCAAAGACCAAUUCCAAGGCCACCAGUACCAACUUUUAUUGAUCCUAAAGUUAAUGGCGCUUCACAACUUCAUCCUUUGAAUUUUCAAGAUCAGCCGACAGAAUUCUUAAGACAUUAUUACGCAAAUCAAAAAAACUAUUGA